AUGUCGACAGCCGCCAGACGUCGCUUAAUGCGGGACUUCAAGCGCAUGCAAACCGACCCUCCCGCUGGCGUCUCUGCCUCCCCGAUACCCGACAAUGUCAUGACAUGGAACGCCGUCAUCAUAGGGCCUGUGGACACACCAUUUGAGGAUGGCACAUUUCGCCUUGUGAUGCAGUUUGAGGAGCAAUAUCCUAACAAGCCACCGCAAGUCAAGUUCAUCAGCCAAAUGUUUCAUCCCAACGUAUACGCAACCGGCGAGCUGUGCCUGGAUAUUCUGCAAAAUAGAUGGAGCCCGACAUACGACGUUGCUGCGGUGCUUACGAGCAUCCAGAGUCUUCUUAACGAUCCCAACACUGGUUCCCCAGCCAAUGUCGAAGCGUCGAAUCUCUAUAAAGACAACCGCAAGGAAUACACAAAACGCGUCAGGGAGACGGUGGAGAAGAGCUGGGAAGACUGA